GGGGCGCGCGCCGCACUUCAGCACCUCCCGCGUGGACAGCGCCCACCGUGCCCGUGCGGAGCGGCGCCCUGCCCCCUCUCCCCUCCACACGAGCCCUGCCACCCCACGCCACCUUAAAGGCUGUGGCUUGAGCCCCGUCGAGCGGGGUCAGCGAGGUGAGGAACCCAGGCGGGGGUGCCCGAAGGCGGCGCGGGACUGCGGGCCCAGGGGGGACCAGAAGGGACCAGAAGGCACCGGGGGGGGGGGUCACCCCGAGACCGCACGGCAGCAUGGGGCGCGUGGUCGAGUGGAGCGCGCAGCCGCCGACUCUGAACGACACCUCCGGCCAUCACCUCCAGAUGCUACUGCAGCAGCAGCAUCAUCUGGCGAACGCCUCCUCUAACGGCACGGGAGGCGGCGGCGGCGCGCAGCUGCAGCGACUCUCGCUCGAGUUCCAGGUGGUGAGCGCGCUGCUGGUGCUGCUCGUGUGCGCCGCGGGCAUCGUGGGAAACGCCAUGGUGGUGCUCGUGGUGCUGACCACGCGAGAAAUGCGCACGCCCACCAACUGCUACCUCGUGAGUCUGGCCGUGGCCGACCUCACGGUGCUCGUGAGCGCGGGGCUGCCCAACGUGGCCGAGAGCCUGGCGGGCACCUACGUGUUCGGCCGGGCGGGCUGCCUCUUCAUCACCUACCUGCAGUACCUGGGCAUCAACGCCUCCUCGUGCUCCAUCACGGCGUUCACGGCGGAGCGCUACAUCGCCAUCUGCCACCCGAUCCGCGCGCAGUUCCUGUGCACGGCGAGCCGCGCAAGGAAGAUCAUCGCGCUCGUGUGGGCCUUCACGGCCCUCUACUGCCUCGUCUGGUUCUUCCUCGUCGAUCUCCAGCGGGAGGAGGCCACGGACGGCCUCUACUGCGGCUACCGCGUGUCGCGUCGCCUCUACCUUCCCAUCUACCUCCUCGACUUCGCCAUCUUCUUCGCGCUGCCGCUGGCGCUCGCCACGGCGCUCUACGCGCUCAUCGGCCGCGUCCUCUUCAUGAGCCCCAUGCCCUCCAAGGGCCCCGGGGCCGCCGCGCAGCGCUGGGGGCCCGAGGACGCGGCGGCUGGCGGCGGCGGCGGCGGCGGCGGAGAGGGCGGGCAGGCGGGCAGGCUGCUGUGCAGUCGGCGCUCCAAGUCGGCGCUCGCGUCGCGCAAGCAGGUGGUGAAGAUGCUGGCCGUGGUGGUGGCGCUGUUCGCGCUACUCUGGACGCCCUACCGCACCCUGGUGCUGGUCAACUCCUUCCUGUCGCCCCCCUACGCCGACUCGUGGUUUGUGCUCUGCUGCCGCCUCUGCGUCUACCUCAACUCGGCGUGCAACCCCGUGGUCUACAGCCUCAUGUCGCAGAAGUUCCGGGCCGCCUUCCGCAAGCUCUGCGCCUGCCCGUGGCGGCGCGUGUGCCCGCCGUGCACCCCGGACGGGGCCCCCUGGGCCCGCGGGGCAGCGAGCGCAGCUGGUGGCCGAGGAGGCCAGAGGGUUCGCGGGCGGGAUGAGGAGGAGGAGGUUCGGGGGAGGGGAAAUCGCGCGCCGCGGGGGGUGAGCGCGUGCACCGCACACGGGAACGGGAUCGGGGUCACGUGCGUGACCUUCAGCGAGCGAGACACGGGGGACGUGGAGGUCACGACCUUUAGCAUCGCCUAGAGAUUGAGGUCGUGACCUCGAGGCUCACCCACAGGCGAGGUGACGACCUCGAGGGUCAUCUUGAGUCGAGGUCACCGCCUUGACGGUCAUCUUGAGUUGAGGUCAUGACCUUGAGGGUUAUCUAGUGUCGAUGUCACGACCCCGAGGAUCAUCUGGAGUCGAGGUCACGACCUUGACGGUCAUUUUGAGUUGAGGUCAUGACUUUGAGCGUCAUCUUGAGUUGAGGUCAUGACCUUGAGUAUCAUCUCGUGACAAUGUCACGACCCCGAUGGUAAUGACCUCAAGGGCCGUCAAGAGGUCACGACCUCGAGCAUCACGUGGCAUUGUAUCAGGAGCUCUGGUCGUGCACGGGGCACAGUGGUCGUGCUGGGCUCCUACUGGCAGCAGCACCGGGCACUGCUGCAGCAGGGGCUGUGUUCGCUCCACGGGGGUCACUCAGCCCGCAGUUGUAACAUCUGCAGCAGUAACAUCAGCAGUGGCAGCAGUAACAUCUGCAGCAGCAUCAGCAGUGACAGCAGUAACAUCUGCAGCAGCAUCAGCAGUGACAGCAGUAUCAGCAGCAGCUGCCACUGCUGAUGCUGCGGGCUGACUCUGCUCUGUGGUUGUCGCGUUGUGACUCCACCUCUGGAAUUCCAAAUCAACCUCGCGCGGAGCGGUGGCAGUUGGUGGCGGGGGGGGGGGGCGUACGUGCUUCACGGAGCGGUUAACGCGGCAACGGAGCGGUUAACGCGGUAACGGAGCGGUUAAACCGGUAACGGAGCGGUUAACCCGGUAACGGAGCGGUUAAACGGGUAACGGAGCGGUUAACCCGGUAACGGAGCGGUUAACCCGGUAACGGAGCGGUUAAACGGGUAACGGAGCGGUUAACCCGGUAACGGAGCGGUUAACCCGGUAACGGAGCGGUUAACCCGGUAACGGAGCGGUUAAACGGGUAACGGAGCGGUUAACCCGGUAACGGAGCGGUUAACCCGGUAACGGAGCGGUUAAACGGGUAACUGCUUCUCAUUCAAGGUUUAUUUCGAAUGGAAUAUCAGCCCCUCAAAACAUUGUGCAAUGUAAAAAAUGAAAUCAGCUAAAAUGUGGAUCUCUAAAGCACACUGAAGGGAGAGUAAUGAGGA